UAGAAAUGGAAGCGCCUGUCAAAAAGUGAAAAAAAAGAAAUGGAAGUGAAAGGGGAGGAGGCGAGGAGCAGCCAAUGAGCCAAACAUGGCCUUCCGCCACCACCUGCCAAAUCGAGGCCCAAAUUUGAGCCGGACCCCGCCCGAAUCCGUGGAAAUAAACCCUAGGAAUCGCUCGCCACUGGAGAGAGCUCGACGGCGUCGCCAUGCCGCCCCGCCGCAGAAAGACCAAUGAACUCAUCGAUCUCGAAGGCGAGGAUGAUGGGUGCAAGAGCAAGCGUUCUCGAACAAGUAGAAGGCCUGUAGUGAAGAUAUCUGAGAGCUCCAAUAAUUCAUUGCCUUCAUUUUAUGACAACCUCCCCCUGCAUAGAAGCUCAAAACAUAUUGUGACUAGCAGGGAGGAGAAGAAGAAAGACAAGUUGGAUACCCAUAUUUUUGAAUUAUACAUGGAGGAUCUUUGGACGCGCAUAGAUGAAGACAAGAAGAGUGUUUACACAUAUUUUGAUUCAUUAUGGUUUAAUAAUUAUAUCCAAGGGGUAAAUAAAUCAAAUAUCCUUAAAUGGAUAAAGGCUAAGAAAUUAUUUUCAAGACGAAUUGCUUUUGUCCCUAUUGUUUGUUGGGGACACUGGAGCCUCCUUGUAUUGUGCCACUUUGACAAUACAGACUGCUCAGAUACUAAAAAAGGACCACGCAUGUUGGUGCUGGAUUCACUUAAUACAGCAGGACCGACGAGGGUGCAGUCAUCCAUCAGAAGAUUCAUUCUUGAUAUUUAUAAAACUGAAGAGCGGGAAGAAAGCAAAGACUUCAUAGACCGAAUACGUCUUGAGUUUCCUAAGGUGCCACAGCAAAAUGGGGAGGAAUGUGGUAUUUAUGUUCUUUACUUUAUCUACUGUUUUCUUCAAAACCGGAAAUUGGCAGAAGUUAUUGAAAACAAAGGAUUGGAAGAAGAUUUCAGCCAGCUGUUUGAUGAUGGCUCGUUUGAUCCCGAAGAACUAGAAAACUUCCGCAAUGAUGUGCAUUUAUUCCAAGCGAAUAGGAGUACCAAAACUGAAGAGUAGGGUGAAUUGUAACAUUGCGCCGAAUAUAUGUAGUUAAUUAGCAGGAGCAAGUCGGUGGUGGCGAAUUCGGAGGAAGCUUGAAUGUGUUUUAGAAGCAUUUGGUUUAUGCGGCCGAGAGGAAGUUGAUUAUUCUGUUCAGCCAGGGAGCUUCAGUGAUAGUUCUUUUAGACAACUGAAGAAUCAUCCUCCUGUCCUCCGCAUCUUGCUAUGCACACAGUUAGCACCUAAUCGUGCAUACCAUGUGUAGAUGUUUCGUUCCGAGUGAAGACAUUGUUGCAUCUAGCUAUUUGAAUGUUAGGUAGUUAUGUAAUGGUUCGAUCUGCUGCCUGGGAUCAUUCUGACAUUUGCUAGCAGGUGUUAUUUUUCUCGAGCGUGAUAGCAGGCCGGUGUUUUACAAUUUGUAUUGAUGCUCCUUUUUUUAGGCUAGCACAAAUACUCUGCGGGAAUUGAAUUAGCCUUCAAUUAUUAGGCUUGGCGAGCUAAAACCUCCUGGCUGAUCAUGUCAAUUGUUGCUGCUACUUGUAUUGUAUCCGAACUCCCAAUAUUCUAGUGUGUUGAGUAAUCAGGGAACCAA